GGAGAAGGAGAGGGACCCUGUCCCGAGGACUGGUGGCCAGAGGCCAACUGAGCCCCUAGGACGUGCACAGGCAGCAACGAGAGACCGUGCACCCCCACGACCACCCUUCAACUUCGCCCCCAGCCCCCGCUGCACAGGCGCCGGGGAGGCUGAAGGGGCGGGGUUUGUCGAUUGGGGCGUGGCUACCGCGUUGGCCGGGCUGGGUUUCGGCGGCCGAGGCGGAGCGCGCAGGACGCCUGGGACGGCGAAAGCUGGAGCGCGCCAGGUCGGCCUCAGUGCUGCAGGCCGUGUGACUCACAGUUCGCUGGGGGACACCUGAGGAGCAACAGCAGAGAGAGGAUGGCCCAGGUCCUGCAUGUGCCUGCCCCGUUCCCAGGGACUCCUGGCCAGGCCACCCCUGCAACCUUCCCCGGCAAAGAGCCAGAUCCACCUUACUCUGUGGAGACGCCCUACGGCUACCGCCUGGACCUGGACUUUCUAAAGUACGUGGAUGACAUUGAGAAGGGCCACACACUGCGCAGGGUGGCCGUGCAACGCCGUCCACGCCUGGGCUCCCUGCCGCGGGGCCCGGGUUCCUGGUGGACGUCCACGGAGUCGCUGUGCUCCGACGCCAGCGGGGACAGCCGGCACUCGGCCUACUCCUACUGUGGCCGUGGCUUCUACCCACAGUACGGGGCGCUGGAGACCCGCGGCGGCUCCAACCCACGUGUGGAGCGUACGCUGCUGGAUGCGCGCCGCCGGCUGGAGGACCAGGCGGCCUCCCCAUCAGGUGGCCUGGGCUCCCUGACACCCAGCGCUGCGGGCUCCACCAGCUCCCUGGCAGGCGUAGGCCUGCUGCCGCCCACACCUCGCAGCUCCGGUCUGUCCACCCCGGUGCCACCCAGCGCAGGUCACCUGGCCCAUGUGCGCGAGCAGAUGGCUGGGGCCCUGCGCAAGCUGCGCCAGCUGGAGGAGCAGGUGAAGCUGAUCCCCGUGCUCCAGGUCAAGCUUUCAGUGCUCCAGGAGGAGAAGAGACAACUCACCGUGCAACUCAAGAGCCAGAAGUUUCUAGGCCACCCCUCAGGAACACGGGGCCGGGGUGAGCUCUGUCUGGACCUUCCCGAGCCUCCCGAUGGUUCUGCUGUGCUGGAGACCCGCUCUGUAGGCACCUGGGUCCGGGAACGGGACUUGGGCAUACCGGAUGGUGAAGCUGCCCUGGUGGCUAAAGUGGCGGUGUUGGAGACCCAACUCAAAAAAGCGCUGCAGGAGCUGCGGGCGGCUCAGACCCAGCAGGCCGACCUCCAGCCCCAGGCCUGGCCACCACCAGACACCCAGGUCCGUGUGGACACCGUACGAGUGGUGGAGGGUCCCCGGGAAGUGGAGGUGGCAGCCAGCAUGGCAGCGGGAGCCCCUGCACAGCGAGCCCAGAGUCUGGAACCCUACGGAGCAGGGCUGAAGGCCCUGGCCACAUCUGGGGGCACAGAGAACGCCCUCGUGUUCCGCAGCCAUGAGGUGGUGGAGACUAUGUGCCCGGUGCCCACAGCCAGCACCAGCAACGUGCACACGGCCAAGAAGAUCAGUAUUACUGAACGGAGUUGCUUUGGCGUGACCAGGACUGCAGGUGUCCCACAGUCUCCUGCAGAGCCUUCCUCCUCCGCUGUACACCCUGCUGCAGCGCCCACGAAACAGUCCGAGAAUCCUGACCAGGCAGCUGCCCCGGACACCACUGACAGGGAGCCCACAAGGCCAGCAGCCUCCCAGGAGACACAAGUGUCUGAGGGAGCAGACAGAGUCUCUGUAGGAGGGCAGUCUACCAUGAAGAGGAAAGAGGACCCUGCAGAUCCCGGAGCCCAUCAGAGGAACCUCCAGUUUGUGGGGGUCAAUGGCGGUUACGAGUCGUCCUCAGAAGACUCCAGCACAGCGGAGAACUCGGAGCACGAGAGCACAGAGAACGAAGCCCCAGAGCCACCAGCAAGGGCUGCGAGCACAGCUGAAUGCUCUCAGCUCAGGCCUCCCGGGACUGCAGCAGCCAAGGCCAGUCUGGAAGAGAGCCAACUGCCCCGGGAAGCUCAGCGUGUGCCCGCAGCUGAGGCGGCAUCAGAAUCCAACUCCGAGGAGGAAAUUCGGAUGGAGCUGAGCCCUGACCUCAUAUCAGCCUGUUUGGCCCUGGAGAAAUACCUGGAGAACCCCAAUGCCCUCACUGAGCGAGAACUGAAAGUAGCCUAUACCACAGUACUUCAGGAAUGGCUGCGCCUGGCCUGCCGCAGUGACGCACACCCUGAACUUGUACGGCGACAUCUGGUCACCUUCAGGGCCAUGUCUGCCCGGCUGCUGGACUAUGUGGUCAACAUUGCCGACAGCAACGGUAACACCGCGCUGCACUACUCCGUGUCCCACGCCAACUUCCCCGUGGUGCGGCAGUUGCUGGACAGCGGUGUCUGCCAGGUGGACAAGCUGAACCGUGCUGGCUACAGCCCCAUCAUGCUCACUGCUCUGGCCACCCUGAAGACCCAGGAUGACAUGGAGACCAUCCUUCAGCUCUUCCGGCUUGGGAAUGUGAACGCCAAAGCCAGCCAGGCUGGACAGACGGCCCUGAUGCUGGCAGUGAGCCACGGACGGGUGGAUGUGGUGAAAGCUCUGUUGGCCUGCGAGGUGGAUGUCAACACGCAGGAUGAGGAUGGCUCCACGGCCCUAAUGUGUGCCUGUGAGCACGGACACAAGGAGAUCACCAGGCUCCUGCUGGCUGUGCCCAACUGCGACAUCUCACUCACUGACCGAGAUGGGAGCACUGCACUGAUGGUGGCCCUCGAUGCAGGGCAGAGCGAGAUCGCCUCCAUGCUGUACUCACGCAUGAACAUCCAGUGCUCGUUUGCUCCCAUGUCAGACUACGAGAGUCCAGCAUCAUCCUCAGCCGAAGAGUAAAUACCGCGAGAGGCCAAUGACUCCCCAAGGACCCCAGCCACACAGCCACACAGCAGACCGCCUCCCCUCAUCCUGCCCCCUUUCUGCCCUGCACUUUCUCAGCCUUCCUCUCUGGGGGAGUCCUGACAUCUGCCAGACUCAGCUCUACAGCCCUUUCCCAGCACCCCGAGUUCAAAGCCACAUUCAAAGCCAAAAAGCCAAGCUACGUUCUCCGCCCAGUUGGCGCCAGUUGCUGACACCCGGGUGUGGGUUUCUUAUGGAGAACAUGGAGAACAAUCAGCCGGCAAUUAUGGGAGGAGUGGGGGCAAGAAGGGAAAAUGCUGUAUUUUUGAGUCAUUGUUAGGGGAAGGGAGGGGUCAGAAUUUGAGUUGCUAAAUUCGAAUGUCACUGGAAUGUUAGAGUCUCCUUGUCCUGACUUCACUACAAGUCUCCACCAGGCCUGCUUAAUGCCCUUUGUCGCCUCAUGUCAUUGUCUAGUGUAUAAUAGGGUUCUGUCCACCGCCCUCCACCCCCAGACAGUUUUCUUGGGGGCCAGGGGAAUCUCGUGUGAUUGAAAGACACUCUUGAGCGUUCUCCCCUCAGGUCGGAAGCAGUGCUUUCAUUUGUCUUUUCAAGAUCUGUCACCCACUCCCCCCCCCCCCCCCACAUUCAAGUUGGGGCCUCUCAGCAUCCUGCAGUUGAGGUCCUGGUGGGCCCUGUGGCCUGGAAAUGACCAUCUUAGAAGGAGAAAUGAUAGAGACUUACCCAUUCCCCACAGGGAGAGCUCAGGACACAAGAGUGUUCCUAGAAAAGCUUUCAGAACUACAGAGGAAAGAAAAAAAAAAGGCCAUUCCAGAGUGUCUCCCAGCUUGGAACCCAGAACUGCUCUCCUCCAAGGAGAGUAAACAGAGGAUGUGAUACUGACCAAGUACAGGCGCAUUCCACAGCCCAUGUGGUCCUGAUUAGGUGCUGGCUGGCCUCAAAACACACCCAGAAGUAGCUUAAAGUCACAGGCUUCACUGAAACCCAACGGCCAGAUGAGUAGUUUUGUGUGUGUGUGUGUGUGUGUGUGUGUGUGUGUGUGUGUGUUCGUUCUUAAAGCUCUAGAGUGCCUGUUGGUGAUGGGGCACAGGCUCUAGAGUGAGUGCCUGUUGUGGGCACAGGCAGGCUGCACUUUUCUUUUAGUGGUUUUUUUUUUUUUUUUGGUUGUUUUGUUUUGUUUUUCUGCACCCCAGAAUCUCAGCAUGUUUUUGUCUUUCCUAGUUCCUUUUCUUCGUAAAGAAGAAAGGAAGCGACUUCUAAAUGUGCCUGUGCUGGGGAGCGGUCUUCUCCAGGUCACAGCUGUACCCACAGGGCUUUGGAGCCAAACCUCGGCAGGGCAGAGUUGAGGCUGGUGAACUAAGGAAAGCGCUGGGUUCUAGACAAGUAGGUCUCUUGGUUUGACGAAAUCUUAGUUGGCUUGGGUUUUUAGAGGGGUUUGUCUAAGGCAUAGAGGCUUGGUUGGCAUGAGAAAUAGGAUGGAUGGGUGGAGGGAUGAGUGUCUGGGUAGAGGCUGGAUAUAGACGAGUGAUGACAGACAGACAGACGGACGAGUGUGUGGAUGGGCGAUAACUGAGUGACAGGCGGGCUGGUGGGCGGAUGUCAGGAUGGAGUCUGCACGUGGAUAGAGCUGCUGGUGCCUCUGGAAGCAUUCUCUGCAAUCCCAAAGCACAGAGCUCCUCAUACAAGCCCCUGUCUGUCUCUGCCACUGCUUCUCUCUGCCUCGGGGACAGCAGGGUCAGACGCUGGUCCCUGCUCCCUUUUCUAUGCUCAGCUCCACUCUGCGACCACGGUACGUCCAUGAAGACAGUGUUACACGUAAAUGAAGUAUUCUUUUCUUGUAAUCAUGGUUUAGGAAGUAAAAGGACUUUUAAUAAAGCUACAAACAAGGGCAA